AUUUAUUUCUUCACAUUUUCGCGGCAAAAUUCAGUAUUUCACAAAUUGACAGGUCAAGAAAAAUAUCAACAAAUUUUGUGUUUCGGCCUAUUUAAUUUCGAUUUAUGCUACGAUGGUCUAUCAAAAUACAGGCAAAUAUAGAGCUGAUAGAAAUGAAUCGUCAAAAAAAGAUGCUGGUACAUCCUCAGGUCCAAGGGAAGAUUCAUCUGAAUCUCGAAUAAGAAAUGCUAUGGAAAAUGACAGAAUUGAUUUGAAAUAUGGAUUCGAGCGAGUUCGCGAUGCUAAAGAGAGGACGGGUUAUUUGAUUAACAUGCAUACGGCGGAGGUCCUGGACGAAGACAAGCGGCUCGUAGCCGCCAUGGACUACUACUUCAUAGAGAUGGACGGCUCCAGGUUCAAGGUGUCACUGACCUUCCAACCGUACUUCCUGCUGCAUGCGCGCCGUGAGUGCCAGCAGGAGGUCAUACAGUACUUGUCUAAGAAGUUUGCGGGCUCUAUACACAAGAUUGAAGUUAUUGAGAAGGAGGAUUUGGAGCUGCUGAACCACCUGUCAGGCCUCAAGCAGAGCUACAUAAAGCUCUCAUUCAUGUCUCAGAACGACAUGAUGAAGGUCCGCAGAGAGAUCCUCACCGCCGUCAACAAGAACAAGGAGAGAGAGAAGAAAGAUGCCAUCUAUGCGGAGAUGUUGACCAACGCGCUGACCAGUGCCGCAGCUAUAGAACAUGCGAAGAAAACCACAGACCAUAUGGAGAAUAUUUUGGAUAUACGGGAACACGACGUCCCCUACCACGUAAGAGUAUCAAUAGACGUCGGCAUAUUCUGUGGCACAUGGUACACAGUCAAAAGCCGAGGCACAGAAACCCCUAUCUUCACCAAACGCGAGGACAUACUUGAAAGACCCGACCCAAUAGUCCUGGCCUUCGAUAUAGAAACCACUAAACUACCGCUAAAGUUCCCAGACUCCCAGACAGAUCAGAUCAUGAUGAUCUCGUACAUGAUAGAUGCACAAGGGUACCUGAUUACGAAUAGAGAGAUCAUUUCUGUGGAUGUUGAGGAUUUUGAGUACACACCCAAACCUGAGUUUGAAGGGAAUUUCAUAAUAUUUAAUGAAGCAAACGAACUUGGGGUUAUAAGGAAAUUCUUUGAACACAUAAUGGAUGUCAAGCCUCACAUAUUUGUCACCUACAACGGCGACUUCUUCGACUGGCCGUUCGUGGAGGCGCGCGCGGCGAUCCUCGGCGUGGACAUGAAGCAGGAGAUCGGGUUCAGCAAGCAGCCCGCGCGCGACGGCACCUACGCCUGCCGCGCCGCCAUGCAUAUGGAUUGUCUAUGCUGGGUGAAGCGAGACUCGUACCUGCCCGUGGGGUCUCAGGGUCUGAAGGCGGUGGCGAAGGCGAAGCUGCGCUACGACCCCGUCGAGCUGGACCCCGAGGACAUGUGCCGCAUGGCCGCUGAGCAGCCGCAGGUCCUGUCGAACUACUCGGUGUCGGACGCGGUGGCCACAUACUACCUGUACAUGAAGUACGUGCACCCGUUCAUUUUCGCGCUCUGCACCAUCAUCCCGCUUGAGCCAGAUGAGGUGCUCCGCAAAGGCUCAGGCACGCUCUGCGAGUGCCUGCUCAUGGUGCAGGCGUUCCUCGCGCGCGUCGUGUUCCCCAACAAGCAGGCGGACGAGCUCAACAAGCUCACCGGCGACGGACACGUGCUGGACGCCGAGACCUACGUGGGCGGCCACGUCGAGGCGCUCGAGUCAGGUGUGUUCCGAGCAGACAUAAAGUGCAAGUUCAAAAUAGUCCCGUCAGCCAUAGACAAACUCAUAGAGACCACAGAAAAGACCAUGAAACAUGCCAUAGAAGUUGAAGAGGGGAUUCCUCUAGAAUUAGUCACGAACUUUGAGGAAGUUUGUGCGGAAAUUAAAGCGAAGUUGCAGCAUUUGAAAGACCACCCAAGAAGAGAUGAGAACCCUUUGAUAUACCAUUUGGAUGUUGGUGCUAUGUACCCGAAUAUUAUUUUGACUAACAGGUUGCAACCGUCAGCGAUGGUGAACGCGAGCACUUGCGCCGUCUGUGACUACAACAAGCCCGGCGCGACCUGCCAGAGACACAUGGAGUGGAUGUGGAGAGGGGAUUACUUGCCAGCGACCCGUAGCGAAUACCAGCGCAUUCAGCAGCAGCUAGAGACGGAGAAGUUCCCGCCGCUGCACCCGGGCGGGCCGCCGCGCGCCUUCCACGCGCUGCCCAAGGAGGAUCAGGCCGCAUACGAAAAGAAGCGUCUAGCGGACUACUGCCGAGUGGCGUACAAGAAGACCAAAGUGACGCGCACUGAGGUCCGCACCACCACCAUCUGUCAGAAGGAAAACUCCUUCUAUGUGGACACUGUCAGGGCUUUCAGAGACCGCCGCUACGAAUACAAAGCGCUCAACAAGAAGGCCAAGGCCAUGGUCUCCGCCGCCAUCGCCAGCGGCGACGCGGCCGAGGUGAAGAGCGCCAGGAGCCGCGAGGUGCUGUACGACUCGCUGCAGCUGGCGCACAAGUGCAUCCUCAACUCCUUCUACGGAUACGUCAUGAGGAGGGGAGCCCGCUGGCACAGCAUGGAGAUGGCGGGCAUAGUGUGCUACACCGGUGCUAACAUUAUUAUGAAAGCAAGAGAGAUCAUAGAACAGGUGGGCCGCCCCCUAGAGCUGGACACGGACGGCAUCUGGUGCGUGCUGCCGGCCUCCUUCCCCGAGACGGUCACAGUACACACCACGCACGCCAAGAAGAAACUCAACGUGUCGUUCCCGAACGCUGUGCUUAACUCUAUGGUCAAGGAUCACUUUACCAACGACCAAUACUUCGAGCUAACAAACCCUGAAGAGAAGAAAUACGAGCAGAGGUCAGAAAACUCAAUUUUCUUCGAAGUGGACGGUCCCUACCUGGCCAUGGUGCUGCCCGCUUCUAAAGAAGAGGGGAAGAGGUUGAAGAAGAGAUAUGCUGUCUUCAACUUUGAUGGCUCUUUGGCUGAGUUAAAAGGAUUCGAAGUAAAGCGGCGAGGAGAGCUGCAACUCAUCAAGAUCUUCCAGUCCUCAGUGUUCGAGGCGUUCCUCAAGGGAAACGACCUCAAAACCUGCUACGGCGCAGUGGCCAAAGUAGCCGAUUACUGGCUAGACGUACUCUACAGCAAGGGCUCAAACAUGCCCGACACAGAACUAUUCGAACUCAUCUCGGAAAACCGUUCCAUGUCCAAAAAGUUGGAAGACUACGGAGGUCAGAAGUCAACCUCUAUAUCGACGGCUAAGAGACUGGCCGAAUUUUUAGGCGACCAAAUGGUGAAGGACGCCGGCUUGGCUUGCCGCUUCAUUAUAUCGCGCAAGCCUGAGGGUGCUCCUGUAACUGAGCGGGCUAUACCGCUGGCCAUCUUCCAGUCGCCUGCGUCGGUGAAGCGCCAUCAUUUGCGGAGAUGGCUGAAGGAUUCCUCGAUAACGGAGGAUAUUGAUAUAAGAGAUGUGUUGGACUGGGCGUAUUAUAUUGAGCGGCUGAGCGGCGCUAUACAGAAGAUUAUUACUAUACCGGCUGCUAUGCAAGGGCUAGACAACCCGGUCCCGCGCGUGCAGUACCCGGACUGGCUGCACAAGAAGAUGCUCGCCAAGACGGACAAGUUCAAGACGCGCAAGAUCACCGACAUGUUCACCGCGGCGCCGCGGGGGGACCGGGAGAGGGCCGAGGGGGAGGGGGAGGGAGACGAGGAAGGGGAGACUGAGACAAUGGAGCUAGACAUGGAAGACAUCGGCAAGGACACCGCUCCCAAGCCGCUGCGUCCCAUAGUGCACACCGUGAAGAGGAAACGAGAGGAGUCACCGCCUCCCGUGGUCUACAACACGUGGAGAGAAGCUUUGGGGAAUCCACCGCCUUUUGGGAAUACUAAGGAAGAGCGCAUUGCGUGGAUACUGUUCCAGAAGAAGAAAUGGAAGUGGCAAAUGGAUCAACGCGGCACAACGAACCGAAACAAAAAAGGUAAAAUGGACAACCAUCAAACGAUGCCGCCUCCGAAGAAUGUGGGUCCCUCCAACGGUCUCGGGGGCUUCAUCAGGAGAGCUCAGCGGACCAUACUUAACACUCCGUGGCAAAUCAUACAGGUAGCAGAGACCUCCGAGCCGGGCCUAUUCAGACUAUGGGCCCUCAUAGGCAGCGACCUGCACCAGAUCAAGCUGACAGUCCCGCGCAUCUUCUACGUGAACCAGAGAGUAGCGCGCGCCACAGACAGUGAUGUUUACUGGCGCAAGUGCAACCGGAUCCUGCCUCGCUCACAGCCGGUCCUACACCUGUACCAAUAUACUGUGCCGGAAGCGCUGUACACUGCGCAUCAUGAAGAACUGAUGGCCGAGCUGUCAGCGCCAGAGAUCGAGGGCAUCUACGAGACGCAGAUGAGCCUCGAGUUCCGGGUGCUCGUGCAACUCGGCUGCAUCUGUGCUGUGGACCCGCAGGAAGCUAGGAAACAAGUGCAGUUUGGAUCAAAUAACACUGAUUCGUUCACGUUAAGCCAGUUGCAGUUCAAAAGUGUGGCUCACCAGCCGUACUUAGAGGAUCAGGAAGGCGUCUCCCCUCUAAAACACAUCUACCUAUACCAGCACGGGGCACCCCCGCCCGGGCGCAGCAUGUGGGCCCUAGUACUGGGCUCGCGUGCACAUAUCUUCGUGCUAGACACUGUCCGGACGAACCAGAUGCCUAAUUGCAACACGCUGUAUAAAGCUGAGAGGACUGCCAAAAUAAACCUCGGCACAGACGAGUCGACACUCCCGCCGGCAGACAUAGCAUGGGAGACACACAUAGAAACCGACCUCAAGCAGGUGCACCGCGGCAUCCAGCGCGCGCUGCAGCGGCACCGCGACGAGCACAAGGGACCGGCCAUCGUAGCGGCCCAGGCGCCGCGAGCAGCGUUGCAUGGGGUGCCAGGUCUAUCAGACUUCCCGAUAGUCCCCCUGCACGUGCGCGAUGUAGACACUCUGUACAACUCACUGGAGUGGCAGCGUAACGGCGCGCGCGCCAUAGUGAGGCACCUGCUCAACUUGCGCGCCAUGCUGCGCCUCACGGUGGAACAGUGCAGAUACUACCACGUGCCGAUCGGCAACCUGCCCGCCGACCCGACGCUAUUCGCCGCCGACUUGUUCUACGCGCGGCACCUGCUCAAGCACAACUGCGUGCUGUGGAGCUCCGACCGCGAGCGCCCCGACCUGGGCGGCCGCGAGACCGAUGAUAAUAGGCUAGUAAGCGAGGUGGACGAGCAGUCCGGCUGCACGCACAACGCGCCCGGCGCGUACUCCGGCGUGUGCGUGCAGCUGGAGACGGACGCGCUGGCGGUGUGCGCGCUGCUGCAGGCCUCCACCAUACUGCAGGUGGAAGGGACGAGUGUGGCCACAUGUUUUGGAGCUCAACACUCCAACAUACAAGAUAUCAUGUCUAACACCGGUUCAAACGCGUCAUUGAACUACGACGAGACGGCGCAGUGCGCGGGCGCGUUCAAGAUCCUGCGCUCCAUGGUGGCGUCGUGGCUGCGCGACGUCACGCAGUACAAGAACGUGUUCGCCGACUACCAGAUAUCACAUCUGUACAGAUGGCUAAAAACCCCGACCUCGCUACUCUACGACCCUGCUCUCCGGCGCACGCUGUACAACCUGAUGAAGAAGCUAUAUCUGCUGCUAGUGGCGGAGUUCAAGCGCCUCGGAGCCUCCAUCGUGUUUGCGGACUUCACCACCAUCCUGCUGUGCACUAAUAAAGCUUCUGUUAUGGAUGGCGUCGGCUACGUGGAGUUUGUAGUGCAGAGUAUCCGCAACAAGGAGUUGUUCCACGGCAUCGACAUCACGUACAAGCGCUGCUGGGCGCACCUGCUGUGGCUCGACGAGGCCAACCACGCCGGGAUCGAGGGUAAACUACCUCAAGGGCUGGUGGAAGUUGGGUCAUCUCAGCUACCCACGGAAUCAGAAGAUCAAAACGACGAGGAGAGCUCAAUCACCAUGCACUGGAACCUAGCGGAGUUCUUGCCCCGGACGGUGCGCGAACACUUCGUCUCCACCGUGGCGGGCUACGUCAGCGCCGCGCACAGUAGGCGCGAGGAACUGCCGGCGCUGAUCACCGGGGAACUGACACAGAAGCUGCUGCAAAUAACGGAGCGCAUAAACAGCCGCUCGCCCGUCCUCCUGCCCGGUGACAUCGCACUUCGCCCCGGCACCCGCGAGGACCUGCUCUCUGAGCAGAGCACUCCGGCAUUGAUGUUCGUUAAUGCCGUCUGCAAGGUGCUGUCGCUGGACCAGGCUAUGGAGGACCAGGUGACCCUGCUCCGGCGCAACCUGCUCCGCCUCAUCGGCAUAGGCGAGUUCUCGGCGGCGGCGCAGUGGCGGGACCCGUGCGCGUCGUGCCCGCUGGCCGAGGUCAUCUGCGCCGUGUGCAACCACUGCCGGCGGCUCGACCUGUGCCGUGAUACCCACAUGGCUGUGGACGAGAAUGAUGUGCCAGUAUGCGUGUGCCCCACGUGCGGCGCGGCCUACCCGCGCGCGGAGCUGGAGUGGAAGCUGGUGGAGGCGAUGCACCGCCGCGCCGCGAGCUCCACGCUGCAGGACCUGCUGUGCGCGCGCUGCCACCAGGUGAAACGAGAGAACCUAUCAGUAGUAUGCGACUGCGCGGGCGAGUUCAAGCUCAUGGUGCCAGUUGAGGAGAUCCGCAGCCAGCUGGCCACGUACCGCUCCGUGGCCCGCUACUACCGCAUGCCGCUGCUGCUGGAGCUCAUCGAGUUUAAUUAUAGCAAUAUGUUGGAUACAUGAUGGAAUGUGAUAUUGAUGUAGUAAUUAUGGGAUAGAUCUGUGAUGAAUGUUUUUGCGGUAAGCCAUAAAAUGCGGUAAAUGGGAACAAGAAUCUGUUCAACAUAAAAAAAAUAUGUACCUACAUCCAGAAAAGGAAGAUUCUUGUUAUAAUUUACCCAUUUUAUGGAUAUUUAUGUGUUGUUAUGUACCUAAUUAUGUAUGAUGAUCAUGUUUUUAAGUAUUAUAAUGUUUUAGUGUUAAGAAGUAAUAAAUAUCUUUUGUACUAUAUUGA